CGGUAUUUUUCUUUAAACAAAGAUAGCAAUUCAUAAGAUCGACAUAGUGCAAUUGUCUAUCAUGAGUCUCUUACAAAACAUGUUAUCUGAAUGGACGAAAAAGCUCGAUCCACGGGUAGCCGAUCUACCGUUAAUCGCUUCUUCCUAUCAAGUACCAUUGAUAAUAUUGGCAUACUUGUACUUCGUGUUCAGCUACGGGCCCCGAUUCAUGAAGAACAGACAGCCAUAUUCAUUAAAGAAGUUUAUGAAGUUGUAUAAUAUCGUUCAAAUUAUGGCAAAUGCGUGGUUAACAUACGACCUUAUUGACAGUGGUUUGUUUUCAACCAAAUUAAUGUGCCCUAUUUUCGAUUAUACCUACAAUUAUAUUCCAAUGAGG